GGACUCUCAUUCAGAUAGUGAUAUAGGAACAAAAACACGGUUUACAAGAUGCCAUUCAACAGGGUUGACUUGAUAAUUACUUGUCUUGCGCUUCUCCUCCUUGGACACUGUGCAACAUGUUUAAUUGUCCCAGAAGAAAUUCCAAGUUUGCUCUCUCUUGUUUACUCAAAUAUUCCCCCAAUUAAAAAAGGUACCGAUUCAAGAUUAGGGGUCGGUUUUAGAUUUGGUGAGCACGCAGACUUUCAAGUACUUCUGGAAUUAGGUCCGCAAUUUGAAACGGAUCCUAUUGGUCUCCAAAAAGAUACCGCUAACAGAAGAUCGGCUGUACUGCAUUCGGCUAUGAAUGGCGAACUGGGACCUCAUGCUCAACAAGUUGCGAAGCAUCAAGUUCAAAGAUUAUUGCAAGAAAUGAUCGCAAAAUAUAAAAAGAAAAUACCACAGAAACGUCCAGAGGAGAAGAUUAGCGACAACGAUUGGCUUAAGAAAUGGAGCAAAAGUCAAGGUGUUGAUGAAACGGAAACUUCAGAAUUAGAUAUUGUAACAUCGCGCUCACCUCUGCCAGUUAUUAAUCGAAUUAGAGUCGUAAAUGCUCCAACUACGCCUUAAAUCGGGCCAAAAGACUUAUAUACUUUAAAAUGUCAUGGUGCAUGGUUUAUAAAUCCAUUAAGGACGUGUAAUUCACAUGCCAUUAUUUAAAUAGAUUUUUACAUGUCUCUAGGUUUUCUUUCAUUGUAAAUAUGUAAAUAGUAAACACUUCAUAUUUCAUGUAGUUUUAUAACAAAUUUUGGGUUUGAUAUUCACUAAACAAUGCCUCUAUACAGGUCCUUUCUUAUUUUUUGUCGGCAAAUUAGUAUACUUCCUUUAACAUAGGAGUAAAAGUAC